GACAACAAUAUCUGCGCUCAGUGUCUAAAAACAAACAGCGUUCACAACACUAACGUGCGCUUUUAACUUCUACCGGUUCUAGAAAAGUAACAGGGACUAAUUUGAAUCGUUAAAAGUCACAGCCGGUUGCUAAUAUUUUGUAACACAGUUGUUGUUUUUAACUUGUUGUGUUGACAGAAACUUCUUCAUGUUGUCAUCGAUGUUUUCUUCGAGUAUGAAGCUUGUCACGUGUGUUGAUAGUAUUUUCCAUCAAUGAUAUGGGAUUUACCGGCACGAGGGAAGAGUCGUGGGACUGUACGUCUUUUUCAGUUGGAGAAUCAACCUCUUGAUACUUGAACGCAUUUAUUUUAUAUUAUUCAUGGAGUCUGUUGGGAAGUUUGAGUUCAACAGGAAAGACCUGAUUGGUCACGGCGCCUUUGCAGUUGUGUUCAAAGGCAGACAUAAAGAGAAACGUGACUGGGUAGUUGCUGUAAAAUGUAUCAACAAGAAAAACUUGGCCAAAUCUCAGUCUCUUCUUGGUAAAGAAAUCAAAAUAUUGAAGGAACUCAAACAUGAAAACAUUGUCAGACUACUUGACUAUCAGGAAAUGGGAGGAUGUGUGUAUCUCGUCAUGGAGUACUGCAAUGGAGGCGACCUGGCAGAGUACCUUCACUCUAAGGGCACAUUAAGUGAGGACACCAUCCGAGUAUUCCUGCAGCAGAUCGGUCAGGCCAUGAAGGUCCUGCAGAGCAAAGGCAUCCUCCACAGAGACCUCAAACCCCAGAACAUUUUGCUCUGCCACCCAGAGGGGCGCAGGUCCAGCCCCAUCAAUACAUGCCUUAAGAUAGCUGACUUUGGGUUUGCACGUCAUCUCCAGACAAACACUAUGGCGGCCACGCUGUGUGGCUCUCCUAUGUACAUGGCUCCUGAGGUCAUCAUGUCCCAAAACUAUGAUGCCAAGGCUGAUCUGUGGAGCAUAGGUACUAUUGUCUACCAGUGUCUGACUGGAAAGGCACCAUUUUACGCCAGCACCCCGCAAGAGCUCCGUUUGUUUUAUGAAAGCAACAGGACCCUCCUACCCAGCAUCCCAAAGGAGACUUCUAGCAACCUAAGACACCUGCUGUUGGGGCUGCUGCAGAGAAAUUACAAAGAACGGAUUGGCUUUGAUGAGUUUUUUCACCAUCCUUUCUUGGAGACGAAGUCAUCCACAAAGAAAUGCUCUCCAGCUACCGUGGUCCCCUUCCCCAGUUCAGGCUCGGUCAGUUCCUCUAGCAGCUCCUCCACAUCCCAUCUGGCCUCUCCUCAACAUUCCGAUGGAGAAAUGCACCGAGCUCCGCCCAAAGCGCAGUAUUUCCCUACACUGGACACCCCCGGCUUCCUGCUGAAAGAUGUAGCCAAUGAAGACAGUAGGAAUACCUCAACUUACACAGAGGACUAUGUCAUGGUGCCUGCCCAGUUUCUAAGCGAGUGCACAUGUGAUGUCGAAGUUGGGUCACCCAUUGAGAGUUGCCUCAUAUACAGUGGGAGCUCACUAGUGGCUGAAAGAGGACUCAGAAAUGCAGGAAAGACUCCUCCACCCUCGCCCCUUCUACACUCUCCUUCCAAGCCUGUUAGCAAGCCUGUUGAAAUCGUUCGUAAAUGCAGCCCCUCAGCACCCAUUCCUGUCCCAACUCAAAUCCAAAACUACCAGCGUAUUGAACAGAACCUGCAACCUGUCGGCAUGCAAGGCUCCACCAGGGUCACACUCUGCUGUGCUAGCAGCACCUCCCCACAAUGUGGAGGCUGUAGAGCUCCAAGUCCAGGUUUUGUCCUCAACUCCCCAGGGGUUGGAGGAGCCCGACCCCUGCAGUCCUCCCCACUAGUGGGAAUUACCCCAAAGACCUCAGAGCAGAUUCUCCCGCUCAGCACAAGAACUGGACGGCUCGCUGGCUCUCCUGACAUGCAGGACACCUCCAGUCCCAAGGGGGUUAAUUCAAGAAUGCCAAACCGAAGGAGGACAGUCCUAGACCUGCAAUCCCUUGACCCAUGUCCUGCUUCCCAGACCCACCUCAGCAGGAAAUCAGCCAAUGACAGUGGGCCUUUUAAAAGGUCCAGAUCACUGAGUGCAGGCAAGCUGUCUGACAUGCUACUGAAGGCGGCCUUUGGAGCUCACCUUUUUGAAGAGGGAAGCAACGAGAGCCUCAACUGUGAGAAAAUCAUGGAUAUGGCAGCUCCACCUACUGGUUGUCAUAAAGGCUUUCAAUACUCCGACAGCCCACCUCCUACGAUUUUCACUAUGGUUUCUCUGUCCAGAGGAAACACUCCUCCUGAUACCACAAGGAUGUUUUCAGGCUCCCCCAGCUACAUUAACUCAGCCUGGUUACUGAACAGUCGCCUUCUCCGGGAAGGAAGCCGUAGAAACAGUGAGACUGAAGCCAUGGACGCGACUCCACACAGCAGUCUGGUCUUUCACCCUCCAGAUCUCCCAGAAGAUACACUGAUGGAGCAGGCUCAUACAGAUGCUCUGAGUGACCUGCGAUUCACUUUGGCUUUUGUCCUGUGUGUCAUGGAAUUGGCUUCUUCCAAGGACUCUGCACUGGAUUCCAUCAGCAGUCCUGAUGUUUCUUUUCUAGAGCAGAGCUUGGUAACGGAUCAAAUAAGCCUCCUGAGUAAAGAAUGGAGCUAUGCAGAGCAGUUAGUGUUGUACAUGAAAGCUGAAGAGUUUCUGUCAUCAGCACUUCACAAUGCUAAAGAGACUAUCAAACAAGGCCAACUUCUCCCCUCUGCUACAGUCAAACAAGUGCUCAGGAAGCUGAAUGAAUUGUACAAGAGCUGUGUGAUGUACUGUCGCACCCUCAACCAUCGCCUGCAGACCUUCUUGCUUGACAAACAGAAGCUUAUGGACCGCUUCAAUGGACUUACAGCAGAGAAGCUCAUUUACAGCCACACUGUGCACAUGGUACAGUGUGCUGCUCUAGAUGAGAUGUUCCACUAUGGCACCGCAUCAGUCCAGCGCUACCACAAAGCCCUUUUGCUGAUGGAGGGUCUGUCCCGGAUCAUCACAGAGCAGAAGGACAUUGACAGCAUUGAUAAAUGUAAGCAGUGUAUUGAGCGACGCCUUUCUGCUCUGCAGAGUUAAAAGUAGCAAUGAGCUCUACAAAUGCAUUAUCUUGCCUCAUCCAUCUGCCCUCAAUGUAGAUGGAUCCUCCUAGACUGUCAGUACACAAGCACUUUGAUCUGUCUUAAAGGAAAUGACCACUGGAGCAUUUGCUCUUAUCCCCACACGCCACACGUACAUAAAUGCACAGAAAUGUCUGGAAGUCCUGUUUUGGACAAGUUCUUUAAGAUGUUGAAAUGUCAUGAUUGUUUGAAUACUUGGAUCAGGUAAAUUGUUCAAAGUAUUUGUUUUGUUUUUGUUACAGACUGUA